GGUCAUCUCCCAACUGCGUCCCUGCAGUGACUCUCACUGACCACUGACCCCCGUCGGUUCUGGCGACUGGUUGUCUUUGGCUGAUGGAGCUUGAGCUUGUUUCUUCAACAUGGGUUGUUGCUUUUCUAUAUCGCGCGACAAUAGCCGUCCUUCCUAUGCAGCGCAGGUAGUUACCGAAGAGCGCCGCCCCGAAGACUCUCAUCCCCAAGCCGCAGCAACAAGCAAUGCGCUCACCUCCGGCAACUUGUCUACCAGGGCGCGCGGAUCCCGAAUCAGGGCAGAACACUUCCCGCUGAGCCAGCAUUACAAUGCGCCUAUCCGUCGUCACGUCUGGUAUAGCAAACGGCGCCUAUGGACUCGCACACAACUGGACCAGGAGCGCACCGAGUUCUUCGAAACUAGGGUCACGGGUCGUUCAGAGAUCUGGGCGGCUUUGUCUGCGGCCAUCUCUUUGAUGCGCGCCGGUGAUCUCGCAACAGCGCAGAGUUUCAUUGAUGCAGCCGGCAUCACCGUCCCCACCGGUGAUCUCUGCCAAGGCUGUUACGACGAGCAAGGUGUACUAUACCGGCUACCACAGUGCAUUGUCAGCGACCCAGAGAAUAUCGUGCGAUCCGACGAGGAGCCCGAUGACUUCGACACGGACGACGGCAAGCUAUCUUCAGACGAAGCCUCCGGGGAUGAAUUAAUAGCCGAUGACAUUGAACGUCGUCGGGACGAAAAGGGCAAGACUAGCGAACGUGAUUUGAUCCGCAUCCGUGCGCGAUUGAGCGAUAGAGGCGGUCCCGACAUCAUCCUGUCAGUGGUGAAGACGAUGAACGUCGGCUUGAUAGCCCGCAAAGUGCAACAAGAGGCAGGGAUUCCGCGCACUCACCGUGUGAGAUUCGUCUACCUAGGCAGAAUGCUCAAGGAACAUGUGCCCCUAGUCGACCAGGGAUGGAAUUCCGCCCACGUUAUCAGCGCCCUCGUUGUCCCGCGACAAUCGGUGUCCUGACAGUUUCGUGGCUGCGAUAGCUCACAUGCAACCUAACAGCCUGCCUGCAUGAACAACCUGCAGAGACCGAUCCACCUUAUCCACACUUUGAUCUACGGUCUGAUAUUGCACAAAGAACAACACAACACGGCGCCAUACAACACACCUCACCUCACCUCAUCCUUCCGUCCGUCCGGCCGACUAACUUUUCACUUAAUGAUGAUAAUACUCCGAUACCCCAACCUACCCACCGACUUAUCUCACGACAGCAUUGCCAUCAAAUUGGCAUGCCUAACUUUUUCUCCCUGCACGAGCCUGACCUACUCUUCCUCUUACCCAGAUGCAAAGGCAUCAUCACUCCGACCAUGUCUGUUUUCACGUCCAUGUCCUAUUUGUUUGGUUCCGCACAAUACCCCAAUUAGUGUUUGAUUGAUUGAUUUUUUUUCUUCCUCCUUGAUGAUGGAAUAUUCCUUCUUGUCUAGUACUUACUUAUUACCUUAAU